AUGAAGUGCAGUGCGUGCGGAAAAUUUAUGACGGCGGUAGAGGGCGUUACGUGUCCUAAAUGCGAUAGAAAAUCAUACAGGGCCUGCGUCAAAGUUCCUGAAGGUGUGCGGGUCCAACCUACUUGGUUGUGUCCGGACUGUAAAAUACGGACGGCCCGAAAGUCAGAUCGGAAUACGCCUGUGCGAGGACUUAAUUCCGAGAAUAUUAUCAAGCAAGGCGAAGAGAAACCCCAAAGCACUGUGGCGCAAGGUUUCAAAGAGUCGGAACUAGCUCUUUAA